GUUGAGGGAGUUUUUUUAGCAAGCACAAAAAUUUUCCAUUUCUCCAGUAAACAAGAAAAUUUUACAAUUAUAAUAGUAUAUUUUAUAUUAAAAAUUAAACAAAAUGCAUUAAAAUGUUAUUUAUACCUUAAAGUUUAUAGACAAUAUGAAGUUUUAUCCGUAUUCUAACAGUUACUAGUGAAAUUUAUGUGCUAAAAAUUGUGUGUAAAAAUUUUAUACACAAAAAGCGCCCCUAGGGGUGCUCCGCUAACGAAUGAAAUAAGAAAAUAUUAAAAAGAAAAAACAAAAAUACAGCCACAAAAAAUGUUUUCGAAAAACUUGUUUUUUGCAUUUACGAAACUAGUUUAACACAAAAAUUGUAUAUAUUAAUUAAAAAAACACAAAUUUCACAAAUCCACAAACGCUUUAAAUGCGUUCAAUUAAACUCUUAAUCUUAAUAUGCCUGCUAGCAUUGUUAAAAAUUCAACAACAGCAGCAGACAGUGCUAGCAGAACGUAUAUCAUUAGUACCCAGUCAACAACAAAUGCAUUAUCAUGCUCCCUGUGAUCGUAGCCGUAAAGUUUUCACUGCUGAAUACGGUGAGAUAAGCGACGGACCAGCCGGCUUUAACUAUACCCAAGAUUCUCACUGCGAAUGGCUAAUAAAGGCACGCAAUGAUAGUCAGUUCAUAACCUUGACUUUUCACAGUAUGGGCACUGAGUGCUCCUAUGACUAUAUCUAUGUGUAUGAUGGUGACUCCUUUAACUCAACACUGCUUGGCAGUUUUAGUGGACGUACACAGCCCCAGCGUUUGGUGGCACGUAGUGGCAGUAUGUUAAUACUCAUGUAUAGUGAUACGAAUUAUGUAUUAGAUGGAUUUCGUGCAUCUUAUUACAUAUCGAACUGUUUAAACAACUGUCACAAUCAUGGCAAAUGUGUGGGUCAUCAGUGUGUGUGCCAUGGUGAAUGGGUGGGUCCAGAUUGUGAAGAUGAAGCUUGUCCUAAUAAAUGCGGUGAAUCACAAGGAAGAGGCAAAUGCCUUAAAGGAGUUUGCCAUUGUGAAAAGGGUUACAGCGGUAGAUUAUGUGAUUUAUAUGAAAAUCCCCCAGGAGGUAAUUGGCGCUGGAUGGCUACCGAUGCUGAAGGCAUGACAGCACGUGCUGCACACACUGCAGUCUACAUUGAAGAGGAAGAUGCACUAUAUGUAUUUGGUGGUUAUGAUCUUAACAAUGUCAUUAGCACUUUACAGAUUUACCGCUUUCAAACCAGCCAAUGGGUUGAUGAAUGGGGCAUAGCAUUACAAAAUCGACGUCAUUAUUAUCAUCAACCAAAAAUCGAUCAUACCUUACUCAAAGCCGUCUUACAGCAUAAAAACGAAGAGGAGGCCAAACUUUGGGGUCUCAAUAGUGAUGUUUCAAUAUUUCGUAAUAUUCUUUAUACUUUAGCUGAAUCAAAUUUACAUCAACGUCGUACACGUAGUUCACAGCUGCUGACCACAGUGAGUGUUAACUCAACCGAUGAAGAACUGUCCGAAUAUUUGGAGGAUAUUUUAGAAGAAGUUACAGAUCAUAAACCGCAUGGUCGUUAUGGUCAUGCGGCCACGGUUGUACCAGGAGGGUUUGUUAUAUUUGGUGGCAAACAGGCAAAUGGUAGUUUCUUUAAUGAUUUAUGGUUUUAUAAUCGCACCGAAAAUGGUGGUAAAUGGAAACAAAUGGCUUUGCAGUCGAAAUUGAAACCUCAACCAGUGGCACGUCAUACAUUAACUUAUGCUGGAGAUUAUUUAUAUUUGUUUGGUGGCAGUUUACAAACUGGAGAAUUUUCGUCAGAUAUAUAUCGAAUACAUUGGCCUAUUACAAGCACUGACAGUGACAACAAUUUAGAAUCUGAAUGGGAGCUGGUACAUCCCAGAGGUGGCAAAAAAUUAGAUGUACGUUUAGCAGCUCACACCACAGUAUAUUAUAAGGCUACAAAUUCCUUAAUAGUAUUUGGUGGCAUAAUGACAAGUCUGGCACGUUUUUCAAAACUAUCUGAUCGUAUAUUUGCCUUUCAAUUGGAUAAAUUACAUUGGACAGAAAUUCUAUAUCCGCGCACAGCUUUAAGAGAUACAAAUAUACCCAGAGAAAGAGCCUUUCAUACAGCAACUGUUAGUGGCAAUUAUAUGAUUGUUUUUGGUGGUUACACUCACCGCCAUAAUAAGGAUGAAAUAUGUUAUGACAAUCAAAUGUAUUGGUAUCAUUUAUCAUGCCACAUCUGGAUAAAUCAAGAGGUAUCGGCAGAGGACAAUAUUUAUCCCAAAAAGCAGGGAGUAUUUGCUCAUGCUGCGGCUUUGCGUAAAAAUAAUACUCUACUUAUAGUGGGCGGUUACCAUGGUAAUGUAAAUGCCGAUUUAUUUGCCUACGAACUGCCCCAAGUGCUACGAGCAAAUGGCAUAUUUGGCUAUAACCCAGAAAUGGCUUGUCGUUAUCACAAUUCACAUACAGCCUGUUUAUCGAAUCCCGAGUGUGGUUGGUGUUCGGCGGAUAGUAGUUGUUAUGGUCGUACUAUUGGCGCCAAUUGUACCAGUAAUUUGCAGACAUCCCGCUGUCCAGGUAUAUGUCCUUCUUUGGGCGAUUGUCACUCCUGUCUAGUACAUGGUACUCAAUGGCUGAAGACAUCAGAGGGAAGCGACAAUUAUUUAUCGGUGGCCAGCAAGCUGGGCUUGAAUGAAUGCACCUGGUGUGUACAGAAUGCCAAAUGCCAUCAUCGUGAUGAUAAUUAUGGCAUAUGUGGAGAAGAUACCCCCUCACACAGUCCCGGCUGGUGGGGUGAACAGGGCACUGAAAUACGCCAGCCCUCGCAGUGUACACAAAAUGAUCGUAGACCCGGUUUAACCUAUAUUAAAUAUCAUUUUCCUGUCAACUUAACAAUGCCCGAUUUUGUGGCCAUAGUAAAUGCUACAAUGGUGGACUUUGCUUCACCUACACCCACCACCCAAUACGAACAGAAAAUGGAGGGUGAAAUGCUUGCCAGACUAUUGGGUUUCGUGCGCCCGCAAAAGCAAUGGGAGGAAGAACCUACGGAAAUACAAGUCUGCACCAGCUACUCAAAUGCCGUCUUAAAAGCUGGCCUUGGACGAGAUUUGAAUGCUCUUAAGGAAUUGACUAAACAGUCCUCGAAUCAAUCCUAUUGUAGUAAUGUAGAAAUACCCAGCACUGAACAGCCGUUCCUUAUAGAUUUUCAAGCACGACGAAGAAUUGGUUUGAACAAUAUUUACAAUACUUAUCAAAAAACAAAAAUGGAAUUGCAACAUAUCUUCCACGGCAAUCUUAAUGCAUUUACCUUUGAAUAUUUAGAACCGUAUUACUCGGGAGAGAAUUGUUCAUUAUACACCAACUGUUUGCAGUGUUUAACCGAUAAUGCUUGCGCUUGGUGUUCUCUAAAAUCUCAAUGUAUGACGAAAAAUGUUAACGAAACUGAUGCUUGCAGUUUAAAAGUGCAAGACGGGAAUGUUACAACCGUAAAGUGGGAAUACUUAAUCAAUCAACCCAGUCACUGUGCCAACUGUUCGAAUUAUGUUUCAUGUGAGGAGUGUGUGGAUUCGAAUUUAUGUGAGUGGUGGGCGGAGGAGGCACGCUGUGCUCGCCUGGGUAAGUCGGAGAAUAGUGUUCGUUCGCUGCAACAAUGUCCGGUACAAUGUCGUCUAAGGACGAAUUGUCAUGAUUGCCUAAAUGAAAGGGGGCGUUGUGUUUGGUGUGAAGCUAGGUCGGCCUGUUUUAGUUUUGCUGUCUAUACCAGUGAAUAUCAAUUCGGCAUGUGUCGCGAAUGGUUAGAUCAAUCGGUGAAUCUUCAUACGCCAGAGGAAACGAAUAGUAUACAACAUACUAGACCCGCCGCCCUUAUACCCAUACAUCAGCAAGCGCCUCCCAAGCAGCAGUGCAAAUCUUGUGCCCAAUAUCGUAACUGUACAACUUGUUUACGUACCCUGAGUUGUGGCUGGUGUUUCGAUCGUGAUAAUCCCAUCGAAGGCAAAUGUAUGCAGGGUGAUUUUAGUCGUCCUUUUGGUAACUGCUCUUUGGCUUUGAAUAGCUCAUCUGUUCAUGAUGCUGAAUGGGCUUAUGCCCAGUGUCCAGACGUCGAUGAAUGCGGCUUGGGUCUGCACGAUUGUCAUAAAGAAGCCAAAUGUACAAAUACUCAUGGUUCGUACAAUUGCCAUUGCCGCCGAGGUUUUGUUGGUGAUGGCCGUCUAACUUGCUUGCGUACUUGUUUUGAGUCCUGUGUCCAUGGCUAUUGUUCGGGUGCCCCAGACUAUGUGUGUCGCUGUGAGCUGGGAUGGACAGGUGCGGACUGUUCUAUCAACUGUGGUUGUCACAACCACUCCACCUGCAAUGAACGAGUGGGCAAAUGUGAUUCUUGUCAAGCCUGGACUGAAGGAGAACGUUGUGAACGCUGCCGUCAGGGAAGUUACGGCAAUGCGACAUCGGCAGCAGGUUGUACGCCUUGUGAGUGUAAUGGUCACGGUAAUCAAGAUUUGGGCAUAUGUAAUGUCAACAAUGGGGAAUGUUAUUGCAAGGAUAAUACAGAGGGCAUUAAAUGUGAUCGUUGUUCGCCAGGUUUUUAUGGUGAUCCCAAAGAUGGUGGACAAUGUUAUUAUCGUUGUGAGUCACGUGGCAUGUUGCGUGAUAUAGGACGCAGUGGCAUCGGUUCCUAUAAGGCCUAUAAAUCGCCCUGGGGUGCAAAACUAGAGGUUAAGGAAUGUUUAUGGAUUUUGGAACCCAAAACUUUGCAAGCUGAAAAGUCAUUACUACAAGUGGAAUUUGAAUGGAACUCAUUGGCUAUGGAUUGUGAUGAUAAUGCCGUUUACAUAUACGAUAGUUUGCCCGAUUUAACAGGGGUAUCGCAGCAAAAUCAAUUAAUAUCGGUUGUGUGCAAUCCCUAUACUUCCUCCCACAUUAUAGAAGCCAGAUCAAGUCAUGUUACAGUGUAUUACAAACAAGGCGGUGGUCUAAGAAAACACUUUGGCUUUAAUGCCUUGUACACGGUAAAGAAUUGCGUGGCCAACACCUGUCUACAUCCUCAUAUCUGUGAUGACCAGCAGAGAUGUGUGUGCCCAGCUGGCUAUGUAGGCGCCAAAUGUGAAAUUGAAAUCUGUCCGCGUAAUUGUAAUGCUAAACGUAUGCAGGGUUAUUGUGACACUGAUUAUGGCAGAUGUAUUUGCAACCAGGGAUGGGGUGGUAAAGAUUGUGGUACCGCCAUUAAGUUGAAUCAAAUAACUGUUACCGAACUAUUUAACACAAUGUUACUUUCGGAGUCUUAUGAACAUUUACGAAAAACUAUACCACGUUUUGGUCACACAGUCUGUGCUGAUAGGCGAGGUUCUUUAUGGAUGUUUGGUGGUUAUUCGCCCUCUCAUGGUCCACUCAACGAUUUUCGUCAGUUUGAUACAAAAAAUGGUACUUGGAUGCAGGUUACCGUAGAGUCAACACCAGAAGAUAAAAUGCCUUUGGGACGUUACUUUCAUGCAGCUGAAAUUUAUGUUAAAAAACAAACAAUAUUUAUUUAUGGAGGCAUUACCACUACCGGCUUGUCUUCUGCUCCUAAGCCCGAAAUUUUAGCUGAUUUCUGGCAAUUUUCCAUACAAAAUCAAAGAUGGUCGGAAUUUGAUUUAACGGGUCAUCGCAUUAAGCCUCCUGCCUUAGCGGGACAUACUCUCACCUACACGCGUAAUAAUGAAAGGGAAUCUUUAAUACUUAUCGGUGGUAUGACCUUAAAUAAAUCACGUCAGUUGGAGUUGUGGGAAUUUAAUUUGGAGACUUUUAGAUGGGAGCAGUUAUUGGCUUUGGGUGUUAGAAUGCCAGUGUUGUAUGGUCAUACUACAGUGUAUCACAGUGAAAAACAUAUAAUGUAUGUAUUUGGUGGCUAUUCCACUGAGCCGCAGAACAAGUUGUAUGCUUUGCAUUUGCAAAAGAUGACAUGGACUGAAUUACCUCCCUUUAGGGAUCUAAAUAGACCGGAUUCGCUAUUGCCCCGAGCCAGAUACUUCCACUCGGCUGUCACCACCGAUCAGUAUAUGAUUAUAUAUGGGGGACGCAAUUUCCCCUAUAAUGCGAGUGAUGUUUUAAUAGCCUACGUUUACAACUGCAAUCAAUGGAUUCGUCUAACGGAAGAUGUACAAAUUGUGGGCAGUUUACAGACCUCUACUUAUGCUGAAGAUAUAUCAUUGGACCAUGACAACAAUGCCAUCUAUGUUAUUGGAGGUUGGGAUGGCAGUGCCGCUCAAAGUCAUGUCACGAAAAUUGUCUUACCUAAUGACAUCUGUCAACUUUGGAGUGCCGGUAAAUAUUUGUGUCGCCAUUAUAUGGGCUGUAGUUUCUGUACAGUGUCGGCGAAUUUUGUAACAUCAUCUUACUGUUUCUCGCAUGGCCACAGUAAUAUCUGCAACAAUGGAAAUGGUACUUUAGUAUACAACCACGGAGCUGCUUGCGAUGAUGCCUGGAUGGCUAGGCGUAAUUGCUCAAGUUUCUCUACCUGUACCGCCUGCUUGGCAUCAUGGCCUUCUCAUGUAGAGACAACACCUGUGUGUCAGUGGUGUGAUGAGUGCGGCAUAAAGGGUAGAUGUGUACCAGCCGGAGUAGACUGCGAAAGGCGCAGUACAUGGUGUACUAAAGAAGUUAGUGUAGGUCUACUGAAUUUGUGUCCCCAACCGCAAUGUCAUACACUACACUGUGAGUCGUGCAUUCUAAAUGAAAACUGCGAAUGGGCUCAAAAUGAAUUGGGCAUUAUAGAAUGCAUAACCAAAGAAUUGGUAGAACAAAAUCAAUAUAGAAUUAUAGGACAAUGCCCACAACCCUGUCAUCAUUAUAACAACUGUUCGAAUUGUUUAACCAAUAUGGAUAGUGAGCAACCCAAGGAUUGCAAAUGGUCUACAAUGCUUAACACAUGUCUCUCGCCACAAACUCAACCGCUUUUAUGUGCUGGCGGUGUUUGCGGUUUAGUGUUGGAAACAAAUGAAACCGACCACUGCCCUGAACCGUGUCAUGUGUAUACACAAUGUUCUACCUGUUUGGAACAUGCCCAUUGCGGUUGGUGUGCCCGAGAGGGCUUUAAUGGUGAUGGCAUUUGUACCGAAGGCUCAUUGGAGAAUAAACAAGAAUAUCCUUCAGGUUCAACUUGUGAUCUUAUAUACGCUUCGCUGCGCAAUGAUUCUCAAUUAACGCCAGCUGAUGUGGUCACCUGGAAUUAUGUUAAAUGUCCCAUAGAAAAUGAAUGCACAAAUGGACAUCACCAUUGCCAUCCCAUCUCGGAAAGAUGUAUAGAUACUGCUAACGGCUAUCGCUGUGAGUGCGGAGAAGGUUAUAAGUCUGAAAAUGAUACUUGUAUACCUGUGUGUACACAAGGCUGUGUGCGUGGCAAUUGUAUUUCGCCAAAUAAGUGUGAAUGUGAUUUCGGUUACGUAGGAGCAAAUUGCAGUAUCCAAUGUCUGUGCAAUGGACACUCGAAUUGUAAAGGUCCAAAUCUUCUUGACGAAUGUAUUGAAUGUCACAACAACACUAUGGGUGCUCAAUGUGAAAAAUGUCAACCUUUAUUUGUGGGCGAUCCACGUGAGGGUAGAGCCUGCGUUCCUUGUCAUGAAUAUUGCAAUGGCCACACCGAUUCCUGUAUAGCUCAUGAUUCCGAUCCCGGAUUCUUUAAUAUGACACGAGCCGAACUAGAACUAAAUCUUCCAGAAGGGCCUUUGGCAAAUGCCACCUGUUUGCGUUGCGCCAACAAUACGGCUGGCGAACGUUGUGAUACUUGCAUUGUAGGCUAUUUUAGGGGUUCGGAAGAUCAUCGCAAAGAAUGCAGGCCGUGUCAGUGUCAUGGCCAUGGUAAUAUAUGUGAUCCUGUUACCGGUGAGAAAUGUAACUGUGGCAAUAAUACAGAAAGUGAUGCCACCUGUACGGCGGGUGGUGGUAAAAAUUCGGCUCAUCUUUGUUGGAGUGUUCAAUGCUCAAAAUGUCGUGAUUCGUAUGCCGGCAAUCCCAUAGAUGGUCAUCAGUGCUAUAAGCAAAUAACCGUAGAGUCACGCAUGUGUUUCGAUGCUAAACCUAUAGAGGAAUGUAAAGCGAAACCAGCCGCUCUCAAACCUGGACAAACAGUUUUCUUUGUCAUCCAGCCACGCUUUAUGAACGUUGAUAUACGUGUCAUUAUCGAUGUCACUCAAGGUGAACUGGAUGUUUAUAUGUCACCACAAGAUGAUUCGUUUAUUGUGGAAACGAAUGAAACUACGGGCUAUCAUGAAAUCUAUUUAGACAAUCGUUAUAAUUGGGGUCCCAAAAUGAAACGUUCACAUCCCCUAAAUGUGGCUCAACCAAAGUACGACAAUUCGAGUAGCAGUGCCACCAGCAGCUUUUCAAAACUAGUAAUGACCGAUAAACGCAAUAGCUACUAUAUGCCACACAUACAAGACUGCAAGAGUCAUGGUGGUCAUAGUUUUUCGGUUAAAGAUCAACAUGCCAAGGAUUUGAGCACACAUGUUACCUUAAAUCAUUGUAACACGCUGUUGAGAUUGUUUGGUUUGAAAAAUCGUUUGGUUCUAACACUACCGCAACAUGCUCACAACUUAAGCGCUACACGAUUCUUUAUAGCCUUGAGGGCGAGUUCUGGACCUGAGCCAAGUUAUGGUUCUGUGGUUUUCCGUCAGGAUCAGUUGCAUAUUGAUUUGUUUGUUUUCUUUUCGGUGUUUUUCUCCUGCUUCUUUUUAUUCCUGGCCGUUUGUGUGGUAAUAUGGAAAGUAAAACAAACAGCCGAUAUACGCCGAGCCCGUAGACAACAUGUGGUAGAAUUAUUGCAUUUAGCCAAACGACCCUUUGCCUAUGUAUUCUUAGCUUCCAAUUCAUUUGAUACCGAUAGUCCUCAUCCCACAACUUCGUCUUCAACGUCUUCGAAUCGAGUUGUACGCAGUGCCACGGGAGCUCGGUCACGUCAUCAUCAACACAAUACAGCACACUCCCAACUGCCAGAGGUUUUGUUGAUUGCCAUAGAACCUACAUCGGAUAAUUUAGCAGCAGUUGGCACGGUAUUCGUGAGUUUACCGGGACGCUAUAAAGCUCCUCUUAGUAUGGCAUUGGGUUCCACAUUAAUUUCCUAUCCUCCACGUCUUUAUCAAGUUAACAAUCGUCAUUAUACCCGACCACCAAGAGGUAAUUCGGCGCCUGCCGCUGGUAGUGGUGCCGGCGGUGGUGGUGCGGCGAGACAAGCCCGUCAAGGUGCCAUUGAAGAAGCAUUGCCAGUAUAUAAUCUUGGCUAACAAGAAAUAGUUGUUGUAGUAGUCAUUUAAAUGGAAUUUAUAACAAAAAGACAAAUACACGAGUGCAUACACAAAUAAGUAAGUAUGACACCAUUUGCAAUUAUGUUUCAGAACUUUUUAAUUUGAAAAUUUCAGAAAUAUGUACAUUAAGAAUUGGAUUUAAAUUGGAUUUUUUGGAAAUUUUUAAAAUUCAAAUGGAAAUUAUUGAUAUGCAAUUAGAAAAUUCCGAAUAUAAUUGAAAAUGUCUGAAAUUCUAUCGGAAAUUUUGAAAUACAAUUACAAAUUUCAGAAAUACAAUUAUAAACUUAAAUUAAAUACUAUUAAAAAGGUGUGAAAUGCAAUUAAAAAUGGUGUAAAGCAAAAAUGAACAAAUUACCCGUAAAGGUAAACAAACCACAGCGCAUAGUCAAGGCGUUCUUUAAACCCCUUUUAGAAAAUCUAGUGAAAUGAUAUUUUUUAAAUAUUAUGUAAGUAAUCAAAACCAAUUUUUAUUUUUUUUUUUAAUUUUGUAUAUUUUUUUCACAAUAUAUUUACUUAGUUUUAAGCAUAUUUUGUAAGAAAGAACUGUGCAACCCAUGUUGAAUUUAACAAUUCUCAAAAUAACAUUUUUUUUUUUUUUGAAAAUUUGUGUAGUGUGUGUAUUUUAAGUGUU